GAAAUCAGGUUUAUAUUUAAGGAUUAUUUUAAAUUAUCCACAGAGAAAAGAUGUUUUUCCACCUUACAGGCUAAAUUAUGCUUAAUUUCUGUGCUCAUUUUUUAUCUUAUAUUGGUCAAACUUAACUUUAUACCCUGUGGAAAGAGACUUUGUUUUAUGCAUUUUUAUAAUCUUCACAAUUUAAACAGAUAUUCAUUAUGCUAGAAUCCUUGAUAUCACAUGGUGGUGGUGUUUUUAUUUGUUCAAGUGUCUGUUACAGGAAUUUAAUUGUUAUGUUUUUAUUUAUUUAUUUAAAAUCAGAAGGGAUCUUAAGAGCCUUGUAUUCGAAUCAUCAAUUUAAUACUUAUUUGCCAGGUGAUGAUCUGGCCAAUAUCUUAAGUGAGAAGGAAGGGAAAUUAAAUUGGUUGAGUAAAUAUAAUUUUUCAGACAGUGUGAUAGACACGUAUACUUGAUCUGUUAAUCAAUUUUUAUAAUAACACUACCAGAUUAUAGAUGAGAAAAGUAAAGCUCAGAGGUUAAGUAAGCCCAACCUGACCUAGUUUGUAAUUGAAAUUCACAUCUAGGUCUGUCUGCUUCCAAAGUCCUAUUUGCUUCCAAAGUCCAAGCUUCUUCCAUUAUACCCUGCUGUGGUGAGGAAUUUAGAGAUAAACUAUCUCAGUGUUCCUUUAUUAUAUAAUUGACAUCUUUCUUAAAAGCCAAUUUGCCAUACCUAAUAACAUGUUUAGUACUUCUCUUCUUCCUCCUAGUUUGUUGUGUAGUGUCUCGAGUCUUCAGAGCUUGCAAGUGGCCAUUCAAGGCACAGCAAUUGAUGUCCAUUUGCCUGGAGCAACAGAGGAUCAAGGAGAGUCAGGAAUAGGAAGAGAAAAUAGAACGUUUGGCAUCUGUGGGAAAACUAGAAUUGCAGAUGUAGGAGGUGUGCCUUACUUAUUGCCUCUUGUAAACCUAAAAAAAGUUUAUGAUCUGAAUAAGAUUGCAAAAGAAAUCAAGCUGCCUGGAGCUUUCAUUUUUGGAGCAGGGGCAGGCCCAUUUCAGACUCUUGGGUUCAAUGCUGAGUUUAUGCCAGUUGUUCAAACGGAGAGUGAACACAAACCUCCUGUGAAUGGAAGUUACUUUGCCCGUGUUAACCCUGCAGAUGGAGGGUGCCUGCUAGAGAAAUACAGUGAGAAAUAUCAUGAUUUUGGGUGUGCAUUAAUGGCUAAUCUUUUUGCCAGUGAGGGCCAACCUGGCAAGGUCAUUGAGGUGAAAGCCAAAAGAAGAACUGGAGAACUUAACUUUGUGACUUGUAUGAGACAGACUCUUGAAAAACAUUACGGAGAUAAGCCUGUAGGUAUGGGAGGUACUUUCCUCGUUCAGAAGGGGAAGGUGAAAACUCACAUUAUGCCUGCAGAAUUUUCUUCCUGCCCAUUGAACUCUGAGGAAGACGUGAAUAAAUGGUUGAAUUUUUAUGAGAUGAAGGCUCCUUUGGUUUGUCUGCCAGUUUUUGUCUCCAGAGACCCAGGGUUUGAUUUGCGAUUGGAGCACACUCAUUUUUUCAGUCAUCAUGGAGAAGGUGGACACUACCAUUAUGAUACUACCCCAGAUACCGUGGAGUAUCUUGGAUAUUUCGUACCUGCAGAGUUUCUCUUUCGUAUUGAUCAACCAAAAGAGACCCAUUCAUUUGGGCUAGAUUAAAUCAGCUGACACUCAUUUAGAAAAAGAAAUAAUUAAGGUUUACUUCUUAAAUUUAAAAUCAGGCUCAUUAAUUGAUACUAAUAUAAAAUCCAAUGGAAAUGAUCUCAGUACUAAACCUCAUUUUUUUGGCAUUUGAAAUGAAGGAGCAUAUUGAAACUGUGUUCUAUAUUUUAUAAAUCUAUUUUAGAGAAAUCACUGUGAACAAAGAUGCAUAAUUGAGAUGUUCUUCAUUGUUUUUAUUCUAUAGUAUCAGCAAAAUCAGUCAUGGUUCACGCCUGUUAUGGAUUGAAUUGUGUCCCCCAAAAUGUGUGUUGUAAAUCCUAACCUCCGUGCCCCUUGGUUAUAAUCCCAUCUGGGAAUGGAUUGUCUUUGUUAUGUUAAUGAGGCAGGGUUAGUGUAGGGUGUAUCUUGAGUCAAUUUCUUUUGAGAUAUAAAAGAGAUUAAACAAGCAAGCAAGAGAAGCAGAGAUGGGGGAAGACACUUGCCAAGCCACAUGAAGAUUGCCCAGGACCAGAAGCUCAAAGAGAUAAGAACUUUCCUCCAGAGCCCACAGAGAAAGCCUUCCCCUACAGUUGGCACCCUGAAUUCAGACUUCUAGCCUCUUAAAUGGUAGGAAAAUAAAUUUCUGUUUGUUAAAGCCAUCUACUUGUAGUAUUUCUGUUACAGCAGCGCUACAUAACUAAGACACCACAUAUGUGAAUAAAGCAUAAUAUAUUAAAAGCAGAGUUUUCCCCAGAAAAUUUAUUACCUCCGUUGGCCAAAUCUAUGGUUACUGUUCCUGGAACUCCUGCCCUUGGUCCAUUUCUCUGAUAUGUUGCUUUUUUAUUAUUAUUUUUUCUUUUAACAAUUUUUAUUGUGCUUUAAGUGAAAGUUUAUAAAUCAAGUCAGUCUGUCACAUAUAACCUUAUAUACACCUUACUCCAUACUCCCACUUACUCUCCCCCUAAUGAGUCAGCCCGCUCCCUUCUUCCAGUCUCUCCUUUCGUGACCUUUUUGCCAGUUUCUAACCCUCUCUACCCUCCUAUCUCCCCUCCAGACAGGAUAUGCCAACACAGUCUCAAGUGUCCACCUGAUACAAGUAGUCCACUCUUCAUCAGUAUCUCUCUCCAACCCAUUGUCCACUCCCUUCCAUGUCUGAUGAGUAGUCUUUGGGAAUGUUUCCUGUCCUGGGCCAACAGACGGUUUGGGGACCAUGACCGCUGGGAUUCCUUUAGUCUCAGUCAGACCAGUAAGUCUGGUCUUUUUAAGAGAAUUUGGGGUCUGCAUCCCACUGUUGUCCUGUUCCCUCAGGGGUUCUCUGUUGUGCUCCCUGUCAGGGCAGUCAUCGGUUGUGGCCGGGCACCAUCUAGUUCUUUUGGCCUCAGGAUGAUGUAAGUCUCUGGUUCAUGUGGCCCUUUCUGUCUCUUGGGCUCAUAGUUAUCCUGUGACCUUGGUGUUCUUCAUUCUCCUUUGAUCCAGGUGAGUUGAGACCAAUUGAUGCAUCUUAGAUGGCCGCUUGUUAGCAUUUAAGACCCCAGAUGCCACAUUUCAAAGUGGGAUGCAGAAUGUUUUCAUAAUAGAAUUAUUUUGCCAAUUGACAUAGAAGUCCCCUUAAGCCAUAGUCCCCAAACCCCCACCCUUGCUUCGCUGACCUUUGAAGCAUUAAGUUUAUCCCAGAAACUUCUUUGCUUUUGGUCCAUCCCAGUUGAGCUGACCUUCUGUGUAUUGAGUAUUGUCCUUCCCUUCACCUAAAGUAGUUCUUAUCUACUAACUAAUCCGUAAAUA